GUUUCCAAUUUUUAUUUCAAACAGUUUGAUAAGAAAAUCGACAUGAAGAGGGCAAAGCUUGAUAAAACACAUAAUACAAAAAAGGCAAAGCUUGAUAAAACGGAUACACACUCUACACCUGUAGCUCCUCAGAAUGUUGAACUUGAAGAAGAAGCUGAUGACAUUGAUGUUGUGGAGGUAGAUGUUAAAGUAGAGGGUGAAGAAGAUCAUAUAAAAAUGGAAAGAGAAAGGUGGUAUGAGUUCUCUAAAUAUUGGUCCGAGUAUAGUCCAAUUUUGGCCAUGGCUGUAGUUUUGGAUCCACGUUAUAAAAUGCAAUAUGUUGAGAUUACUUACAAAAAACUCUAUGGAAGCAGUUUUCGUGAGCAUAGUGAUUAUAUUCGGGAGAAGUUACAUGAUCUAUUUGGUGAAUACGUUAUUGAAUCACCCAUGUCUUAUAGAGCAGAAACCAUUUCAACAAGUGAUUCAACUCAUCAAUAUCGUUAUCCGGAACUUGCUUCCAUGGCUCAAGAUAUUUUGAGCAUCCCCGUCUCCACUGUUGCAUCUGAAUCAACCUUUAGUAAUGGUGGUCGUCUUCUUGAUCAAUAUCGAAGUUCGUUGAAACAUGAAAAUGUUGAAGCUAUAAUUUGUGCAAAAGAUUGGUUUUUUAGGAUUAAAGGUGAUGAAGAGUUAUGUUUACAAGAUCUUACUGAAGAUGUUAUGAAAUUGGAUAACAAUGCCAAUGGUACGCAUGAAGAAAUGGAGUCACAAGCUUGA